UGCCACCUGCAGACCGAAAAGUAGUGCCUGGCCAUUUGAGGAGGCUCUUAACAGCGACACAAUGACCAGAACAGAGGUCAGCGGGGUGGACUGAAAGCUGCCACUGCCGUGAAGCAACAAAGGCGAGGCGUGCUCAGCGGCUGUGAGGGCUGAAGAGCCACCUUUGCAAUGGAGAAGUUUCAGGCUGCGAUGUUGCUAGGGAGCAUUGGAGAUGCUCUGGGUUACAGAAAUGCCCGCAAGGAGAACAGUGCUUCAGGCACGAAGAUCCAGGAGGAGCUGCAAAAGCUCGGGGGGCUGGACCACCUCGUACUCUCCCCGGAGAAAUGGCCUGUGAGUGACAACACCAUCAUGCACAUGACGACGGCUGGGGCUCUCACCACAGACUACUGGUGCCUGGAUGACCUGUACCGGGAGAUGGUGAAGCGCUACGUGGAAGUCCUCGAGAAGCUUCCAGAACAUCGAGCAGACCCAGCUACCAUUGAAGGCUGCUCACAGCUGAAGCCGGAUAACUAUCUCCUCGCCUGGCACACACCUUUCAACGAGAAAGGUUCAGGAUUUGGAGCGGCCACCAAAGCGAUGUGCAUCGGCAUGCGGUACUGGAAGCCCGAGCGGCUGGAGACCCUUAUUGAAGUCAGCAUCGAGUGUGGCAGGAUGACUCACAACCACCCCACAGGCUUCCUCGGGUCUCUAUGCACAGCCCUGUUUGCAUCUUAUGCCACACAAGGGAAGCCGCUGGAGCAGUGGGGGAGAGACAUGAUGAAGACGGUCCCACUGGCUGAAGAAUAUUGUAAGAAGACCAUCCGGCACAUGGCAGAGUACCAGGAGCACUGGUUUUACUUUGAAGCAAAAUGGCAGUUCUACUUGGAGGAGAGAAAACUUAAUGAAGACACUGAAAGUAAAGCUGCCUUUCCUGACCAUUAUGAUGCAGAGGAGAGGGACAAGACCUACAAGAAAUGGAGCUCAGAAGGUCGAGGGGGCCGAAGGGGCCAUGAUGCUCCCAUGAUUGCCUACGAUGCUCUCCUUGGAGCCAGGAACAACUGGACGGAGCUCUGCCGCCGGGCCAUGUUUCACGGAGGUGAGAGUGGGGCCACAGGGACCAUCGCAGGCUGCCUGUUCGGACUGCUCUACGGCCUGGAUGCUGUUCCCAAGGGCCUGUACCAGGAGCUGGAGCACAAGGAGGAGCUGCUGCGCCUGGGCGAAGCUCUUCACCACCUGUCCACAGAGGAGAAGUAAA